AUGGUACAACUUUCAGACUCGAGUCUCUUUAAAGGAGCACUCCUUGAUUCCUUCGAGAAAAAUGGAUAUAUAUCCGUCCCUCAACCUCAGCCUCAAAAUUUUUUUGAAAUGGCAAAAAAAUUAGUUUCUGACCACCCAAAAGCUACUACAAUUGGCAUAUUAACAGUGGGUGGUAUGGUAUUAGGUCCGUUGGGAUUUGCUGGUGGUAUUGCAUCAGGAUCACUUGCGGCAUAUAUGAUGUCAUUACAAGGUGGUGCUACUGCUUCGGGCAGUCUCGUAGCUAUUCUACAAUCAAUUGGCACAGUUGGAUUAGGCAUGAAAGGAGCUCUCAUGACAAGUGCAGCAGGUGCUACAGUCUUGGGUGGUUUAUCAACAUUAAUCACGAAAAAAUUAAAUGAAAAUCCUGAGGGAUUGGCUCAAUUAGAUAAGUUUGUUAAAAUCUAUGAUCAAAAUGGUGAAAAUAGCCAAUCUAUUGUGGUUUUCGAAAUGCGCAAUAAGCUUCUUAACAAUGACAAAGCGCUUGACGAUUUUCUUAAAGUAUUUGGUUUAACCGAAAAUAUGGUUAAGACAAAACAGUUCAGAUUCCUUAUGGAUGAAGCAUACUCUACUAGAGGCUUUAAAAUAUUGAAUAAUAGAUUGGUAACAUCUUAUGGAAAAGAACAUGUUGAACAAAAGCAGCGAAGUAUUAUGCUGAAUUUGAAUUUGAGAUAA